UUUGCGUCAGAAACGUCAAACGUUCUGUUUGCCUGCAGCUCUGUGGAAAAACAUAGAAAAUUCCUCGCGAAUAUAUACGUGUGCAGAAAGAUUAACUUGCUUGUAAAAUAAUAAAACAUUUAAUAAAACUUGGUGAACUAUUUGCUAGUAAAAAUUAUACAAAAAUAUCUAUGAAAAACUUAUUACGUGAUAAUUGGAAAAAUAAAGCGUAGAACGCGCUUGGCAUAAUGUUAAAAAGAGCUCACUAGUGGUUAGAGCGAGAGAGAGUGGGAGAAAAUGAAAGAACGCCAAAUUUGACAUUUUGAAAGGCAAUAGGCAGUACAGCAAAACGCCGAGAAUCCAUCCAGAAUCCACUGCAAUGAAAAAGAAUCUCGCUAAAUGGCUGGCGCUAGUGUAAAAAGCAUUGAAAGUGUAAAAUGAUAAUAAUUAUUCCAUUUUUGCGAAAGUUCUUUUCGCCAAUCAGUAAAAGUGAGAAAGACUUGCCGAACAGAAAUUUAGAAUAAGCUGUGUUUGUGUGUGGCGUCGAGCGGGCCACAAAUACGAUAUAGGUUUCAAACGACAGCAAUGUCGGGCGGAAGGGAGUCAAAUAGCAGUAAUACGAGCUCGAACGGUACUGGAGUUUCGACCACUGCGUCCUCCACGCCCACAUCAUCAGGCCAAAAUAACAAUGGCAAUCAGCGCUCUCGUGGGCGACCGGCCAAACGCGCCACUUGUACGUGGUGCGGCGAAAGUAAGCAACUGCUACAGUAUGUGCUACCCACACAGAACGGCAAGAAGGAAUUCUGUUCGGAAACGUGCAUUGCAGAAUUUCGGAAAGCCUACAACAAAGGCGCCUGCACGCAAUGCGAUAAUGUCAUAAGGGAAGGCGCGCCAAAUAAAGAUUUUUGUUCAGUAAUGUGCAUGAACAAACAUCAGAAAAAGAACGGUUCAACGAGACAACAUAACAGCGGCGGCGUUGGUGGACGUGGCGAUUCGGAACGUGGCAAAUUGUCAUCAAUUGGCGGUGGUUCCUGCACUCCAACCGGUCCAUUUCAGUAUGAGAGUUUCCACGUAUUUGAUUGGGAUGCUUAUUUAGAGGAAACUGGCAGUGUGGCGGCACCACCAGAUUGCUUUAAGCAAGCGCUAAAUCCGCCAAUCAACGAUUUUAAAAUUGGCAUGAAACUAGAGGCAUUGGAUCCGCGUAACGUUACAUCGACAUGUAUUGCGACGGUUGUGGGAGUGCUCGGAUCUCGGCUGCGACUGCGCUUGGAUGGCAGUGACAGUCAAAAUGAUUUUUGGCGCUUAGUCGACUCGAAUGAGAUCCAUGCGAUUGGGCACUGUGAGAAGAACGGCGGCAUGUUGCAACCACCACUCGGCUUUCGCAUGAAUGCCUCCAGCUGGCCCGGUUACCUGUGCAAGAUACUAAAUAACGCAAUGGUUGCACCGGAAGAGAUUUUCCAGCCGGAGCCGCCAGGCCCCUUGGAGAAUCUCUUCAAAGUUGGCCAAAAGCUCGAGGCGGUCGACAAGAAAAAUCCUCAACUGAUUUGCUGUGCGACGGUUGAUGCGAUUAAAGACGACCAAAUUCAUGUGACAUUCGAUGGGUGGCGCGGAGCGUUCGACUACUGGUGUAGCUACGACUCCCGGGAUAUAUUUCCGGUCGGUUGGUGUGCACGUAGUUGUCAUCCAAUGCAACCGCCGGGUCAUAAAUCGCGUACCGAUUCGAGUUCGAGUAAGCACCGCAGCCCCCGGCCACGCUACACUUUCGUCCAGGAGACAGACGCCAUGCUCCCAGCAACACCAGUCACCGCACACUUCCACACAAACUGCAAGGGAGGACCAUUCGUAAACAGCUCUAAGUUGCCCUCAAUGGUCACUGGACCCACUCAUCAAACCUUGGCGAAAUUAUGUUUGCAAGAAGUUCUGGCUGCCAGCACAGACACCCAACAGCUCUCGAAACUAUUAUUCGCGCUAGAAGGAGAUGUUCACAUUGUGCCAGCAGCAGGAAAGAACUUCACUGUUAAAAUCCCUUCGCAGUUGCGAAUGAGGGAUGACGAUAGUUUGGCACAAUUCAUCGAAACACUAUGCACCACAUGCAGAGCAUGCCCUAAUCUCAUAUCGUUGGUACCCGCUACGGAAGAAUGUGAGAAAUGUGCCAUGGCUAAGAAAAGGCAGUUGUCACAGAAUUCAACUCCUCCCACGUCGCCAGUUAUUCCUGAGAAACGCAAAGCACUCGGUUUAUUGAGCGAAAAGUCUCACAUUAUCAAACAGGAAAUGCCCACAUCAACAACUACUUUGUCACAUGUGGUGGACUCAUCUUCUGCGCCAGUUAUGGUUGCAGUUGGUGCUAGCAUUCCUAAACCCGAUGCCGACCACAAAUUAUCAAUCAAUAAUAACAAUUUAGUACCAGUGCAAAUUAAGGUUGAACCGAACACAAAUGGUACAUCGACUGCAUCACAAGCGCAAUCUUUGCGCCAAAUUCGUCUGCAUCAUCUCAACAAUCAAGAUGAUUCAAAACAGAUCCCAAUCACCACAUCCAGUGUUGCGAAUUCGUCAAACUCAAAUGCGAAGUAUCUUGCUCCACUGGUAGCCGAAGUGCAUCCGGAACAAUCAAGUGUUGUUAACACAGUUCUUGGAUCCUCCACAUACAAGUCGCCAUCGACACUCUCGUCUAGCGCAUCCUUGCCUACAUCGGUGUCGACACCAUUUAGCGGUUCGCAGUCGGCUUCAUCGACAGCGGCGGCCGCUGCAGGUGCAGUAGUUUUUCCGCCUGCAGCACCACCAGCAGCAUCGGCAUCGUCACUGAAUUCUGCAUCUUUACCUUCAAUACGUUCACAUCCCGGGGAUUGGUCAAUUGAGGAAGUAAUACAGUUCAUCGAAAGCAAUGACAGCACACUUGCUGUACACGGUGAUCUUUUCAGAAAACAUGAAAUCGAUGGAAAAGCGCUGCUGCUUCUCAACUCGGAAAUGAUGAUGAAGUAUAUGGGUCUCAAGUUGGGACCAGCCUUAAAGAUAUGCAAUUUAGUAAAUAAGGUUAAUGGUAGGCGAAACAAUAUGUCAUUAUAAGUGAAUUGAAAAAGGGGAAAUACCAAAAUCGGUUACAAAGGGGCGCUUACGAUGAAAACACUUAAAUAGCAUCAUUGGCGGUUGGACGAUUCUAAGGACUCUUGUAAAACCAGUUGAAAAUGAAUAGAUUAUAAACGUUAGAAAAACUUAUCUAAAGUUAGAGUUAAAGAAGCGCAUUCCAAACGUACACAAGAAAUUGGAAUUGUUGGAAAUAAUUUCUAUGACAUGGGUACCUUUACGUAUAUUUGAAUUAAAAAUUUACUAAACUAAAAUAAAAUUUCAAGUAAUUUAUGAGAUAGCGUGCUUAAAUUUGUACUUUUAAAUUCACUAUACUAAACUUACAUAUUUUACGUAUGUAUAUUUUUACAGAAGAGUAAAGAGCAUUUUUACAUGAUUCUAUGUAUAUUUGUUUAAGAUUAUUAGAAACCUAAGUGUAUGAAAAAAGUUAUUAAAAAGUGAAAUGAAAUAUCAUAUAUGAAUUUCUUUGAAUUAUUACUAUGGCACAAUAAGCAUUAGAAAUGUUAAUUAAAAAUAAAACUUCCUUUUUAAUGUAAACAUACAUACAUAAAUAUACAUAUUUAUUUCUGCACAUACAUACAUAUGUAAUUAUAAAAAAAACACAAAUCCGAGCGGACUACAAACUAAUUAAAAAGUCUAAAUUUUGAAUAAGAGAGUAAAUUUAAUUUUGUCAUCAAAAAUCUGUAAUUGAAGAGGAUAAAAUAAAAUAUGUAAAUCAAGUAAUAGUUAUUUAAUUAAACAGGCAGCAAUCAUCUAUUAAUUUCCAAAGAUACACACUGUUUAACAUCGAAGAACUUUGUUCACCAAAUCGCGAUCAACUGUUAAAAAAGGACCUAUUUCAAAACCACAUUUCUUACGAGUAUAUUACCAAUCGAAUGCAAGCGCUCAAUAUAGGAAUUGUUCGAGUUUCAAGUAUGAUGUUCGGUGUGAAUUUCCAGCAGCUUUAUAUAUCAGUUGGGACGUUGUAAAAACAUUGCAAACAUUCAUCAGUGCUGCAGUAUUGCCGAUUUGAUUACAUGGGUCACUUCGUGUUAUUGAAUUCGACGCGGCCUCUGCGCAUCAAUGUUUUUAUGGGAUUCUAAAUUUCCCCAACCAAUUGCAAUGUUUAAAUCGCCCUUAUUGCGUAAGUCGUAAGCUAGGCUAAAUUGUACAACUCGACAACAUUGGCAUUGUCUACUAUCGUGCUGAAAUAAGUAAACGUCGAAAAUAAUGCAGCGCUGCCAAGUUUUUCCGUUUUAAUACACUAGUCGAGUCGAAAUUCUGGGCAAUGACAUGAAAGUUUCGAUACGAUUCGACUCUCGAAAAACGACUUGCAUUCGACACGACUCUCGCAAUGACUCUGAAUGUUUCACAUACGUAUACAUAUAUUUGAAUUGACGUCGUCUCGGUUUGAGUCGCAUAACUUUUGUACCUACAUACUUCUUAAAUUACUUAUGAGUUUAUUCUUUACUAAAAUUUAUAAAAGAUAAAUUAUAAGGCUUUCUUCUUAUACGUAUCGAUUUCUAUCUAAUUUGGAAAAAGUAUAAAUAUUCACAGCAGGUAACACAUAGUGUUACUCACAUACAUAAAUAUAUAAACACUCUCAAAGAAACGCAAUCAUAGCGCAAAUAAGCUAAUUAAUACUUUAGAUUCAACUGCAAAAUUACAAUAUAUAGCUUUACUGUACUCAUAGCAAUAGUUAAAUGAAUGCAAACGAAAACUUAAAUCAACAAAACAGUUAUAAACAAUCUCAUAUACAACUCUAUAUUUAAAAAAAGGCACCUUAAAACGCAAAUUCAACCCAUAUAUGCACACAUAUGUUAAGUACAUGUAUGGGUAAAUAUGUAGGUAAAAUAGUAAUUAUGGAAUGUUACCGAUAUGUAGGGAAUAACAUAAAUACAUACUUGUUAGUUGACGUUGGAAUGUAUUUGAACGAAAUAGAAGAAUUCUGCAGCUUCCAUUAUCGAUAACAGUUGGAAAUGUAUAAACAUAUUUGCAAACGAUGCGUACAUAUGUACGAGAAAUAGCUGAAAGUUUGUGGUGGCUUAUUAAAAACAAAUUCGUAUACAUAUGAAUGUACAUACAGUAGCGGCUAAAUAAGAGGACAACCUUAAAAAGGUGAUUAUUUUGUUUUAUUUACAUGCGGAAGAAUUAUUGGACCGCAUGUGCGAUGACGUUAAUUUCAAACCGAUGCUAUCAGCAUUGAAAUAUAUUUCUGCGAAAAGUAAAUUUAUCCGCCUCGUAUUAGAAGCGACAACUCUUCAAAGGCAGGACCGAUGAUAAAACACUUUUUAUGU